AUGUCCGCAACAGUCGACGCCGACUCGGAAGACCUCGCACCAACUCUCGAAUCUAUAAUACACCAAAAGUCUCUCCGCUGGAUCUUCGUCGGCGGCAAAGGAGGUGUAGGCAAAACCACCACUUCCUGCUCCCUCGCCAUCCAGCUCGCCCGUGUCCGCAAAUCCGUUCUCCUCAUCUCUACAGACCCCGCGCACAACCUUAGCGAUGCUUUCAGCCAGAAGUUCGGUAAAGAGGCGAGACUGAUUGAUGGCUUCACCAACCUGAGCGCUAUGGAGAUCGAUCCGAAUGGGAGUAUACAAGAUCUACUCAAGGAGGGUGGCGAAGGGGCCGAGGAGAUUAUGGCGCAGACUGGGGGAAUGGGAGGGAUGAUGCAGGAUUUGGCAUUUAGCAUACCUGGUGUGGACGAAGCCAUGUCCUUCGCAGAGGUGCUGAAGCAGGUCAAAUCGCUCUCUUACGAGACCAUCAUCUUCGAUACCGCACCUACAGGUCAUACUCUACGAUUCUUACAAUUCCCGACAGUGAUGGAAAAAGCGCUUGCGAAGAUUUCACAGCUAUCUACGCAAUUUGGACCUAUGCUUAAUUCCGUCAUUGGCGCAAGAGGUGGACUACCUGGUGGACAGAAUCUGGACGAGGUCAUCGCGAAGAUGGAGACGCUGAGAGAAACCAUUGGAGAGGUCAACACUCAGUUCAAGAACCCAGAUAUGACGACCUUCGUAUGCGUCUGUAUUCCCGAGUUCUUGUCGUUAUACGAGACGGAGCGCAUGAUCCAGGAGCUUUCAUCGUACCAAAUCGAUACACACGCCAUUGUGGUAAAUCAGCUGCUAUUCCCGAAAAAGAAUAAUCCCUGCGAGCAAUGCAAUUCAAGAAGAAAAAUGCAGAAGAAGUAUUUGGAGCAGAUUGAGGAGCUAUAUGAUGAAUUCAAUGUCGUCAAGAUGCCAUUGCUGGUGGAGGAGGUUAGGGGAAAGGAGAAACUGGAGAGGUGA